AUGCCGCUCGUCUGUGUCUUGGGUUCUGGGAUCAUAGGUCUAUCCUCGGCCGAGGCUCUGCUCGACGCUGGCUUCGACGUUGUUGUAGUCGCCCGCGACCUUCCUGGCGAUCCCCCAGGUCUGUCGUGGGCCAGUCCGAGCGCCGGGGCGGUCAUCUAUCCAACCCACUCGCCAGACGCGCAGAGCCGGGAAUUCGAAGAGCAGACUUUCAAACAUUACUGGACCCUGGCACAUCAGGAUCCGACAAGCGGCGCUCAAAUCGUGCCCGUGACGGAGUAUUUUCAAGAACCUAAACCUGAUGCACAGGCCUGGUACAUGAAGGUCAACCCCUUCUAUCGCCACCUUACAGUUGAAGAGCUGCCUGUCGGCGUCAAGGCAGGGGUCACCGUGACAACUGUCGCCGUAAAUCCGCUCAUAUACCUGCCCUAUCUGCAGCGGAAACUGGAAAACCACGGGACGAAAUUCAUUCGCUUCGCAGCCACCGACUUGAAACAGGUGAUGCUGAUGACAGGGGCCGAUAUCCUUGUCAACGCCACGGGCCUCGGUGCCGCGCUGCUCUGUAACGAUGCAGCCGUUGUGCCCAUCCGGGGACGGGCCAUGUUUUUACGCAAUAGACCAAACUGGAAUCAGGUCCUGCUUCGGCAGGACGAUGCGUAUACCUAUGUAAUCCCACGGUUGGGCUCCGGCGGCGUACUCUUCGGCGGCAUCCGACAAGAAGGUAAUGAUAGUGAAAAUGCGGAUCUGAAACUGAGAAAAGACAUCCUGACGCGAGUCAACCAUGUCUCGCGAGGCGCAUUCAAGGACGUGAAUCUAGACACGGACGUCGACGACCUGGUCGGAUUUCGGCCGGGGCGGAAGGGCGGUUAUCGCCUUGAGGCCGACGGGGUUGAUAUUGUUCAUGCUUAUGGCUUUGAUGGCGUGGGAUAUGUCUGUUCGACCGGUGUGGCCCAAAGGGUGGUCAGCCUAGUCAGACGGUUGACGGGGCAGACGGCGAAGCUGUGA